GGCGCUGGCUCAGUCUAGGCUGCUCGCCGCUGUCGCUCCCGGGCUGCGGGAUGACACCGCCUCCGCCCGGAUGCGCCUCCCUUGGCGCCCAGCACGCCCGCGUCCCCGGCCCGCUGGCUCGGUCCCGGCUCCCGCUGCGGCUGCUGCUGCUGCUGUGGACGGCCGCCGCCACCCAAGGCCACCCCAAGAACGGACCCCGCAUCUCCGCCGUCUGGAAAGGCCGCGCAGGACAGGACUGGGUUGACUUCGGCCUGGCAGAGCCUCACACGGUGCUUUUCCAUGAGCCCGGCAGCUCCUCCGUGUGGGUGGGUGGACGUGGCAAGGUCUAUCUCUUCGACUUCCCUGAGGGCAAGAAUGCCUCUGUGCGCACGGUGAACAUUGGCUCCACGAAGGGGUCCUGCCUGGACAAGCGGGUGAGUGGGGCACAGGACUGUGAGAACUACAUCACGCUGUUGGAGAGGCAGGGUGAGGGGCUGCUCACCUGCGGCACCAAUGCUCGGCGCCCCAGCUGCUGGAGCCUGGUGAAUGGCACCGUGGAGUCGCUUGGCGAGAGGAGAGGCUAUGCCCCCUUCAGCCCGGAUGAGAACUCGCUGGUUCUGUUUGACGGGGACGAGGUGUACUCCACAAUCCGGAAGCAGGAAUACAACGGGAAGAUCCCCCGGUUCCGCCGCAUCCAGGGCGAGAUCGAGCUGUACACCAGUGAUACCGUCAUGCAGAACCCCCAGUUCAUCAAGGCUACCAUUGUGCACCAAGACCAGGCCUAUGAUGACAAGAUCUACUACUUCUUCCGGGAGGACAAUCCUGACAAGAACCCCGAGGCCCCUCUCAACGUGUCCCGCGUGGCCCAGCUGUGCAGGGGGGACCAGGGUGGCGAGAGCUCCCUGUCAGUGUCCAAGUGGAACACCUUCCUGAAGGCCAUGCUGGUGUGCAGCGACGUGGCCUCGAACAAGAACUUCAACAGGCUGCAGGACGUCUUUCUGCUCCCCGACCCCAACGGCCAGUGGAGGGACACUCGAGUCUAUGGCGUGUUCUCCAACCCUUGGAACUACUCGGCUGUCUGUGUGUACUCACUUGGGGACAUUGACAAGGUCUUCCGUACUUCCUCACUCAAGGGCUACCAUACGAGCCUUCCCAACCCUCGGCCUGGCAAGUGUCUCCCAGACCGGCAGCCCAUCCCCACGGAGACCUUCCAGGUGGCUGACAGUCACCCUGAGGUGGCACAGAGGGUGGAGCCCAUGGGGCCUUCGAAGACGCCACUGUUCCACUCGAAGUACCACUACCAGAAAGUGGUUGUCCACCGCAUGCAGGCCAGCCGUGGGGAGACCUUCCAUGUGCUUUACCUAACGACAGACAGGGGCAUCAUCCACAAGGUGGUGGAGUCAGAGGAGGGGGAACGCAGCCUUGUCUUCAACAUCAUGGAGAUCCAGCCCUUUCACCGCCCGGCCACCAUCCAGGCCAUGUCGCUGGACACGGAGCGGCGGAAGCUGUAUGUGAGCUCCCAGUGGGAGGUGAGCCAGGUGCCCCUGGACCUGUGUGAGGUCUAUGGCGGGGGCUGCCACGGCUGCCUCAUGGCCCGAGACCCCUACUGCGGCUGGGACCAGGGCCGCUGUGUCUCCAUCUACAGCUCCCAAGGACCAGUGCUGCAGUCCAUUAAUCCAGAAGAGCCACACACAGAGUGCCCCAAUCCCAAACCAGACAAAGCCCCACUGCAGAAGGUUUCCCUUGCUCGGAACUCUCGUUACUACCUGAGCUGCCCCAUGGAGUCCCGUCAUGCCACCUACUCAUGGCGCCACGAGGAGAAUGUGGAGCAGAGCUGCGAGCCGGGCCACCAGAGCCCCAACUGUAUCCUGUUCAUCGAGAACCUCACAGCCCGUCAGUAUGGCCACUACCACUGCGAGGCCCAGGAGGGCUCCUACUUCCGCGAGGCUCAGCACUGGGAGCUACUGCCCGAGGACGGCGCCACCGCCGAGCACUUGCUGGGCUGCGCCCGGGCCCUGGCCACCUCCCUCUGGCUGGGCAUCCUGCCCACGCUCGCUCUCGGCCUGCUGGUCCACUAGGACCUCCUGCAGCUGGGCAUGGCGCGGGUUCCUGCAGCCUCAGGGGCACCGGGACAGUCUCCUACCCAGAGCCGGCUGGGCCCGGCAAGCUCCUUGCCCGCUGCCCCUUCCAGGGGGCCUACAUAACCCGAUGAAGGACACCAGGACUGGGGACGGCCAGCCGCGGGCGGCUGCUGGGCCCAUGUGGGGCACGGGGGCUGGGGGCCGCGGGAGGAAGGCGCUGCUGUGAAGCUGGGGCAUUGAUGACUUCAGACUUGAUCUUCUGGAGACUACUUUUCGAACACCCCUCCUCAAACUUGACUAAAUGCAGUGAUGUUCCCAGCCCAAGAGCCCAUGGGCCAGAGAAUGGGGUUUGGGGAGGGAAGGUGGGACCCCGGCUUUGGAGCUUGGGGCCAAGGCCUGAGUCCUUCCGGACUCCCCAUACCCCAGCUGCCCCCUCCCCCUCCUUCCUGCCGUGGCCGUGGCAGGGGGUGGCUGUGGCCGUGGCCGGAGGUGGCCGCUGUUCCUUUAGGCCCUGGGCUGCCUUCUGCGACUCCCUCACCAGCCUUGGGACCCAACAGGCGGCGGCCUUGCAUGUUUAUUGAAGGAUGUUUGCUUUCCGGACGGAAGGACGGAAAAAGUUCUAUUUUUAUGUUAGGCUUAUUUCAUGUAUAGCUAAUUCUGACUGCAUCUGUAUGAAAAUACCAAAACUACAUGCUGGGGGUGGGGUGGGACAGGGAGGAACUGGGGAAGACAUGGGCUGGGGUGGGGGGUCCCAGUCUCAGGCUCCGGGGAUGGGAUAAGAGUCUGGGGACAGGCAUGGGUUCACGGAGAGUGGCAUGAGCUGGCUCUGCCCUGGGAUCCCAGUCUGAGGGGAACAUGGUCCCAGUCCCUUGGUAUGGGGGGCAGUUAUGGGAGGGGGGUAGGGUGAGGGAGACAGGGGAGAAUGAAGGAGAAACUGAGCCCUAGGCUUACCACAUUCAUAUAGAAGGAGGAGCCGGGUCCUCAGGGGGAGGUUCCAGGACUCUGCCCUUGGCAUUGGGGGUUGGGGGGUGGGGGGGGUCCCCUCCCCUCCCCUCAGCCCCCUUCCCCAGGGGCUGUGCUUCCAUGCUCCUAGUCUCCCACCUUCAGCUCAGGACAUGUUAUAACUUAGGCUAAACUGUGAAUUCCGGUGGGGACAGCCUGGGCCAAGCUCUCUAGGUGCGUGGCUCUGCCCCCAGCCCUGUCCAUGGAUUUCAGCAGAGAGCUGGGCCCUUCUCUGGCUGUGUCUGGCCAGCCCAGGGCAGGGCCUGGGGCCGGCGGCCUUCCAGCUUUGGCCCCUGCAUCUCUUCUCAAUGCACUUUAAUAAUGUAACAUAUUACUAAUAAACAAACUAUUUAUUUACCUGUGCCUGCUCCUUGCCUGCAAAGCCAUCCUGGUCAGGGGAGGAGGGUGGGGGGGCUCCUGCUUGCACACAGUUCUGGGCUUUAAGUCCAGCUUCCUUUGUCUUGGGGGACCUCAGAGUCUAUGUCUUGGCCUUGUCUGUUUUCCCAGCUCACAGCCAAGCAGCAGUAGCAGAAGAGCUCACCCCUCAGGAAGCCCACCUGCCCCACGGUGUGGGGAAGGCAAGAAGGAGUGGGGUUUAGGAGCAGCUAGUGGGGAAAGUGUGGACUCAAGCCCCCCUCCCCCCACCGGAUUGCUGGGUGACCUCCAACAAGGUCCCUGCUCUCUCUGGACUUCAGCAGUCUCCCUCUUUCCCGCUGGGAUGCUCUUGGUACCCGGAUGGGCCUCUGGGAGAAGACUCGAGGGACAGAACACGCUCCUUUGUCUCUACAGAGGCGCCAGCAGAGGCUGGGCGGGAGGAAGACAUGUGCAUCGAGGCAUGAAAUGAGCCCCUGUAAAUCCAUGUAAAUGAGCCGGUGGGGAGAGGGCAGGCCGGCCACAAGGCUCCUGACCUGUUCCCCCCCGCCCCGGGGGCAGAAGCACAGCGGGCCUCGGAUGGCAGUGGACCAUUAGGACCCUUUGGCCAGGCAUGGAGAUCCCCCAUGAUAUCAGGACACCAACAUCAGCCUCUUGGGGGCCAGGCUGGGGGCAGGAGCCAGGCCUGUCCUUCUGCCUUCUUUCUUGUGCACCACCCCGAGGGGAGGAGGGGGGUGGACAAAAUAGGGAGUUCAGAUUGUUAAAGACCAAAGCUCAGCUCUGCUGGGGAAGCUAGAGGGAAUGGGAGACUCCUUUAUAACUCGAAAGGGCCACUGAGGUUUACCCUGGGGGCUCCACCUCCUGCUGUUCUAGUCUCUCUGCUACCGAUGUCCUUGACUCACCAUUUAUAGCCCUGCACACCCCUGCCUUCUCUAUCCUCGUCUCUUUCAGUCCCCUACCCACCUUUGCUCUCUCCCCUGAAGUGCCAGGGGUGGUGAUCCCAGGCAGAGAUUUCAGAACGACUUGGAAUUCUUCAGAGGAGUCCUGAACCAUCCCUUCCACGAGCACCACUGAUGCCCCAGCCUGCUUGGUCCUGAGCUGUGGGCUGGGGAGGGGGCAGAUGGAGCCUUAGGGUGAGUCAGGCCCUGGGGUCCUGGCUAAGGAAGGCACAGCCCCUGCCCCUGAGACCCUCAAAGCCUGGUAGGGGAGGCAGAGGUGGUGUUGGAUGGUGAUGAUCCUAGGAAGGUGGUACCCAACCCAUGGUGUGUGCGUGUGGGGGGGGUUGAGUGGGCCUUAGGGGACAAGUAGGAGUCCCUAGGGUGGAGAAGUCUCUGAAGAAUGGAAGAGGGAACAGCGUUGCGAAGGUCUGGGGAUGUACAAGGGCCUAGUGUCCUUGGGUUUGGCUUAAGUAGUGUGAGCUCCAGGAAGGCAGAGAGACUUUUGUCAGUUUGGGUGAUGGCUGCAUCUUUAGCAUCUAGAACAGUGCCUGCAAAACAUUCUUGUUGAAUUCAUGGAUAAAAGAGGAGAGAGUAUCUGGAAGUGCCAUCGAAUGACUCUGUCAGUGUCAGCUCCUGGGAGCUAAGGCCCUAGAUCUUCACCCUGCGGGUACUAGGGAGCCAUGGAAGGAUUUUGAGCAGGGGGAGGGUGAUGAUGACUCUAAUGAUGGUGAGGAUGAUCAGGGCUGGAUGGGGGCCUCCAGUUCCCACGGGUCACCCCUGCCUGCCUCACCCCAAGCUCACCCUCUCUCCCAUCCCCAGUCAUUUCCAGCUGCCUCCGCGGCCCAAUUUUAGCCUCUCAUUGUCUGGACGGGGCCCUCCCAGCUGGGGUUCUGGCCAGGAGGUCUGUGGGCGUGGGCCGGUGGAAUGGGGCUGACAUGGCUAACUCAGGCUCAGGAAACACUUUUAUGUUGAUAUUGGUUAACUCUGGGAGGAAGAGUCCUUGGGAAGAAAACAAAAACAAACCCACCACAUUCCCAGGGUCACCAGUGGCCACAGGCCAGCCCACACGAGAGGAAAGAGCACAGAACCACACCCGGGAAGCACUUGUCCUGUUGGCGUGCUGGUGCCCUUUGGUAGGAUGGCGCCCAGGCCAGGACUGCCGGGCCAGCACCUGAAUAAAGUUCCCAAAGGCCUGGCCUCCCACACUGGCUGUUUAUUCAGGUUGGGCCCGUGAAUGCACUCAGAGGGCUUAGGCAGAGGUGAACACAGGCUUCGGGUUGGGCCUAUAACCUAUAACACGUGGGCUAACGUGGCCUGCAACUUUAUCCAGCUCAUGGGGCUGACUCAUGACCAUAGCAAACAUUACUAAUCAAUGGGGGCAUUUCUUUCUCCUGAGCUCAGUGACUGAUUUCCUCUGGAACAACAUUCUUCAAGAGCUCCCGAGCACUUGGGAUGUGGCUCAUCUGAAUUGAGAGGUGUUGUAAGUCUAAAAGACAUAAUGGAUUUUGAAGGUGUAAUAGGAAAACAAAAGUUAUUAAUGCAUUGUUACAUCGAUUACACUUGGAAAUGAAAAUGUUUUGGAUAUAUUGGGUCAAAUAAAAUAUACUGUAAAAGUUAAUCUCA